UUGAAGUAAAUGCAAAAAUAGCUAAUGCAAGUCUUUCUCAAGAAACCGAGAAUAAAACAAUAAAAUCUGAACAUGUCGUACGUGUUAUCGGUGGAAAUAUUACUACUUAUAAAGAUGAACCAGAAUGGAUCAAAUCGCUUGAUGACUUUCGAACAUGGAAAAUAAUUGAAUAUGAUGAAAUUUGUCCAAUAUUUGAUUUAUUGGAUAGUAAAUUGCGAAAAGAAGUUUUAGAGGCUUUAGGUCAGAGAAUUUUAGCAG